CAGGCCCCACCCCGCGCAAUAUCCCACUCUGCCUCUUCUACACCUAUGGCUACUCUCGCUAAACUCACGUCCCUAUCGACCCAGACAUUAUCUCUACUUUUAGAGCGACAGCGACUCCAGAGUCUGUCUGUCAGUGCAAAUGGCACCUCGUUGCACCUGCCGCAGAUCACACGGAACCUAAACCAGCUGCGGACAGGUGCCUUCGAGCUGGAGGAGAAGGAGGGUGACUCCGAGGCUGUCCGCCUACUGAAGAGCCAGUAUGAGCGCAUGAGGGGCAUGUUGGGGCCUGAAGCGGAGGCGGCUGGCAUUCAGAGUCUUCAACAGGCACCGCCGGCUACGAUGUCUGCUAGCCCUGUUCCACCAUCCUCGCCGCAUUCGCCGUCCCGUCUGCCGACACCCCCGCCUCCGGCACAUGCAUCACGCGAAACGCGGUCUGACGAGGUCAACUUCGCACCAUAUACUGAUGACCCUGAAGCUGCAUACCCCUCCACACAUGAGGUGCUACAUACCCAGCGCCAAAUGAUGGACGAACAAGACGUGCGUCUGGACGAGCUUGCACAGUCCAUCGGCCGGCAGCACGGCCUGUCACUGCAGAUCAACGACGAGCUGGAUGUGCACCACGGCCUGCUUGAGGGGAUGGAUGAGGAACUGGACCGCACCGGAAGCAGACUCAGCCAGGCUCGGCGAAAGCUCGACAGGGUUGCGCGCGGUGCGAAAGAGAACAGUUCGACCGUCAUGAUCGGCCUGAUCAUCUUUGUACUCCUCAUCCUGAUUAUUGUAUUCAAGACAUGACGUCCCUCCGAUGACAUCCUGCUCGGUCUGUAGAGAUAUUGCUACACUACUCACGCUAAUCUGUAUGCUUAGUGUAUUACCCUCAUCCUUGGAUGGCAUGAGCGCGGACUGUAGAGCCUCGCUAUACCCUUAUCACGCUGUAGGACUGCUGCGUCGCACCGCUUUUCCACCUGUCUUUUUCUGCUUUUCGCUGCUCAGGUUCUGUGAGUCUACGACUAGAUUUAUAUGUGCAUGUGAUUAGCUCUAGGCCGAAUCCGAGGCUUUCUCGCUAAUGCCUAACGGCGCUUU